UUUUAUACGGGCAAAUUACGAAGAUUCAGAAACAGUGUAGACUAUAGUUUUAUCCGGAGGUGUGUACUUAAAGACAAGCUCGGCGUUUAUCCCGUACGGCAUGCUACAGGUGCAGCUAAACCGAGUCAAAGUCAGAACUGGGAGCUUGGAACAAUGGAGCUCAUCACCACCGCCUGGUCAUCCUUUCCCCUGCUCAUCGCCCUCUCCCUUGCCCUCGUCGCUUCGGUCCUCUUCUUGCUGCUCGGCCGUCACGGGGGGGCGAAGAAGGGGACAGGCAAGGCUCUCCCUCCCGGCCCGCCGGGGCUGCUCUUCCUGGCCAGGUUCCUGGCGCUCCGGCGAUCGGUGUUCCAUCUAGGCCCGAUCCUCCGCGACCUGCACGCGCGCUACGGCCCCGUCAUCUCCGUCCGCCUCUCCCGCACGCUCGUCUUCGUCGCCGACCGCCGCCUCGCGCACCGCGUGCUCGUCCAGGGCGGCGCCACCUUCGCCGACCGCCCGCCGCUCUCCGACCCCGGGCUGCUGUUCACCGCCGGCGCCCGCGACAUCAGCACCUCGCCUUACGGCGCAUACUGGCGCAUGGUCCGCCGCAACCUCGCCGCGGAGGCCCUGCACCCGAACCGCGUCGCGCUCUACGCGCCGGCGAGGCGGCGCACGCGGGACUCGCUUGUCCGUGACCUCCUCUGCCCGGGCGGCUCUGGCGAUGACGUCGCGGUGAGGCCGGCGUUCCGGCGCGCCAUGUUCGAACUGCUCGUUUACAUGAGCCUCGGCGCAAGGCUUGGGACGGAGGCGCUCGAGGAGGUCCAGGAGCUGCAGCUGCGGAUCCUGCGCUCCAUCACCAGCUUUCCCAUCUUCUCCUUCUUCCCGGCGCUCACCAAGAGGCUCUUCCGGCGGCGGUGGGAGGGGUACGUGGCCGUGCGCCGCAGGCAGGAUGAGAUCUUCCUCCCGCUGAUCGACGCCAGGCGAGAGCGGGACCCGUCGCGCGUCGGAGCGGACGACGACGGCCCUCCGUGCUACGCCGACUCCCUCCUCGCGUUGCGCGUGGCCGAGGAGGGUGGCCGCCCGCUCACGGACGUCGAGGCAGUCAGUCUCUGCUCCGAGUUUUUGAACGGCGGGACGGACACAACGGUCACCUCGCUAGAGUGGAUCAUGGCGGAGCUGGUGAACCGCCCCGACAUGCAAUUCAAGGUGUACGAGGAGGUCAAAGACAAGCCCGAGCUCGAUGACGGGGACUUGCAGUCGACGCCGUAUCUGAAGGCCGUGGUGCUCGAGGGGCUCCGGCUUCAUCCGCCGGGCCACUUCCUCCUCCCGCACGGCGUGCAGAGCGACGGCGCGGAGGUCGGCGGCCACGCGGUGCCCAAGGGCGCGGAGGUCAACUUCCUGGUCGCCGACUUCGGGCGCGACGAGUCAGCGUGGACCGCAGCGAAGGAGUUCCGACCGGAGCGGUUCUUGGACGGCGGCGAGGGGUACGGCGUGGACCUCACGGGGAGCAGGGAGAUCAAGAUGAUGCCUUUCGGUGCUGGCCGCAGGAUGUGCCCGGGAUACACGCUUGGCAUGCUGCACGUGGAGUACUUCGUCGGCAGCCUCGUGAGGGAGCUGGAGUGGCUGCCGGCGGUGAAGGGGCAGAAGGUGGACAUGACCGAGGAGCUUGAUUUCACCACCGUGAUGAAGCAUCCGCUCCGUGCUCGCAUUGUCCCGAGGGCUUGAUCAAGUUACUAUGAGCAUGGUUAAUAGUAUAGCUAACCCAUCUUAUAACUAGCUUGUACAAUAGUUAUUUAUAAAAAAAGUGCUAAUUUUAUCAUAUAUGUCCCCCCUUCCAUUCUCACAAAGCACAAGAGCACGUGCUAGAGCUGGCUCUUCACGGAGAGCCCGUUUUCCUUCUCUCUUAUCCAACUCAACAAAAAUAUAGUAUUUUAAUCCUUACAUCCUGCUGA